AUGGCUAGCACGGACGACAACAUCCCUCAAGCGUCAGAUGAGGUCGCUGAGGUUCCUGCUGAUCUAGGCACCAAUCCAGCAGCUGAAGCAGACGCACCUGUGGAAGGUAAAACUGCAGAUAUGGAAGAGCUGAUACGGAGAUGUAACCAGUCAAUCAUUGACUCGCAGAAGGCCCUGACUAAGUAUGAUGCGGUUCAGGAAGAGAUACAGGGAGCUCGAUCUAGUGUCAUUGGGGGCAUCUCUCGACUCCAGCGACCUUCUAGACGAUGGAGGCGUGCACGAGAUGAUUAUGUUGAUGGCCAUUUAUACGGGGCCGUUAUAGAAGCAACAAGGAGGUCGGAGCCCAUCGCACAUAGCACGCCCAACAAGCCCGAGAGAGAGAACAGUCCUAUGAGUAAGGGUCAGGUCCGGGGGAUCAGAGACAAAAGUCCGAUGGAAAAGGCAAUGUCUGGAAGGAAUGACAGAGAACUAAGUCCUUUAGCUAAGGCGAGAGCUAAACUAGAAAGAGAAACUAGCCCAGUAUCGAGAGCACGUGCGAAACAGGAACGCGAAUCGAGCCCAAUGACAAGAGUGAUUGUCAGAAAUGACAGGGAACCAAGUCCACUGGCAAAGGCAAUGCUAAGGAAGGAAAGAGAGCAAAGUCCGAUGGCGCGAACUAGAAUUGUAAAGGAAGGCAGUGAGACAAAAAAGUACAUCGUACCCUCCGUAAUUCUCAGUCGUGGGGUACCUACGAGGCUUGACCAUCCUAGUAGUUCCUAUGAAGAAGAAAACACGGGUGAAACUGAAGAAGACACGAUGGAUGCAAAACUGGAACAACUAGCAGACGAGCUAACAGCUUCGGCGGAAGUUCCACAAAGGAAAGGUAAAACAUCAUAUGCACAGAUCGUUAUGCCAGAAGCAAAAUGUUUGCAGGAUCGGCUUCGGCGAUACCGACUGGCACAGAUUCAAGCCGACGAAAUCGGUUUUCCAUUAUCGCUUCAGGAAACCCUUCGCUAUCGAAUGUCGCUGUUAGGAGAUGACGAUAUUCUGAUGCCGUCUUCCCUAACUCUGAAAGAAAGACUUCGGUACAGGAUGUCUCUUCUUGAAGACGAUCUUGACGACGAAGUUUGGGAGCGUAUUGCAUCUCGUGUGGCUCAGAACAAAGAUGCUGAUAUUGCAGUCCCAAUUUCUACAAUGAAUGGGGAAACACUUUACUACAGGGUGUCUGCUACAGAUGCCGAAAUCCCGAGAGGACUUUUCCAUCACGCGGCCAGGAACGGGGAUCUCGCUCUGGUUCAAACACUCGUUAUGGAUGGGGUCGACGUCAACGAAGUUGAUGGGGAGGGAAUGUCGGCUUUACACCAUGCCGUGUCUAAGUCCCAAAUUGCUGUAGCCAAGUUUCUGCUUUCGUUAAAAUCUAUAAUUGUAAACAUGGCUGAUAUACAGGGAAAGUCUCCUCUUCAUUACGCCGUAGAGAAUGGUCACACUCCAGUUCUCGUCUCUCUCUUAUCACACGGUGCAUUUCCAAACAGCACUGACAAUCAGAAACAGACGCCACUUCACAAGGCAUGUCGCGAUGGGAAACACAAUAUAGUCGAUAUCCUGCUGGAAAAUGGGGCUUCACUUUUCGCUUUCGAUGACUCUAUGAAAGCCCCGCUGCACUAUGCUGUUGAAAACAACCAUCCUGCUUGCGUAACGACUCUUCUCAAGAAAGGUGCACCUGUGAACAACAGCGAUGGAGAUCAGCGCACUCCGUUGCAUUAUGCAGCUCAACUAGGAUUUUUCUUGAUUGCUGAUAUCUUGCUAGCCAACGGAGCAAUGACAGACGCGCUUGACAAGGAUAUGAAAACAGCUCUGUUCAUCGCCGUGCAGAGUGACUUCAUCUCCAUGACAAGGACCCUUAUCUCUUAUAACGCAUCUGUAAACACAGCUGAUGUGGAGCGUUUGACUCCGCUUCAUAUCGCCUCUGUCAACGGUAAUACCGACUUGGUUCUUCUGCUAUUGCAACACGGGGGAAGAGUGGACGCCGUGGACUGCGCCAACAGGACGCCGAUCAGUUACGCGGUGGAAAACAAUGAGAUAGAAGUUGUCCAACUCCUGUUGCAGUAUGAUGCCAGUGUCACCAUUGUUGAUGUGCAGGAAAUGACUCCUCUACAUUACUCGGCUGAAAUCGGGAACGAAUUUCUUGCCCAUCUCUUAGCGGAUCACGAGUUAAAGCAUUCCUCCAGCGACACGACAUACAAACGUCUUCUAGACGUUGCUUUUAAGUACCAGAAUGAAUUGCUCGGAAGCAUGACCAUGACCCACGCCCUGAAAGGUUACAGCGAGAUUCUUCAACAAGAUAAUCAAAACCAGAAGAAUAAAGGGGAAGCGACCGAGUUGAUGAAAUCGUUGUUGAACAUGGUCUGCAAGCACUUCAGUCACUACCACGGAGAGAAGCUAGUCCGUGUGUGGCCGGGAUACAAGGAAUUAGCCGCGGACAGCCCGAUGAUUGUUGUGAAUGUUUCCAACCUUCCGAAGGUGAAACCAAACGUUUUCAUGGGACUUCCGAUAGUUUACAAAUUGUACGGCUUUGUCAGUGACGAGGCACUUGUUCUUAGCUACUCCAAAUUUGAAAUAGAAAAACUAACAGAUCCUUUAGAAAUAAUGGCUAUUCAACGCACCAUCAACAGAAAUAUUGCUCGUUUGAAACUAGAUCACAGCAACCUCGUGAAGGUCAGCGCAAGCGCAGUUCGGUCAUUGCAAAAUGGUUCAUUGCUUGCAAAAGAAGCUUGCAUUGUAUUGUAUUGUCGAUGUAAGGGCAUCAUCCCGUUUGGUGAGAAACCUUUUCCGAAGUACAUCGACGAUGUCCCAAUAGAUGUUAGAGAUGGUUUGGCGGGCGAUACAAGCGAUCAUCAAAUCAACGCCAGCAAACUUAAUAGAGAAUCUACCGACGGAUCAAGGGGUAGUGAAGAUAGUAGCCGAAAGAAGCUCGAAUUCUGA